AUGACUGUCUCGCUACAGGCCAUGCUAGGCCUCCUGUGCCUUGCCUCUCCGAUAGUCGCACAGAAACUGGACGCAGCAGCAGCUGCUUGUCAGUUUCUUGACUCCAGCAUUGGAAACGGAACUGUUCUUCCCACUGACGGUCGGUACCGGAACCUAACUGAAGCCAACUGGGUGCAGACGGCCUGGGCACUACCGACAUGCAUCAUCCAGCCCAUCACCGCGGAGGAUCUGUCAGAGGCGGUCAAGCACCUGGUCGCCGAAGAUGUGCACUUCGCAGUCCGCUCGGGUGGUCACUCGCCUGUACCAUUGGGGGCCAACAUCGACGAGGGUGGUGUUUUGAUCGACAUGUCCAACUUCAACACGGUUGAGUACCACGCCAAUAGCAGCGUGGCUGUUGUUGGCUCCGGUCUCCGAUGGGGCGAGGUUUACACUCAGCUUGACCCGUACAAUGUCACAGUUGUGGGAGGCAGGAUAUUAGAUGUCGGCGUUGGUGGCCUUAUCCUUGGAAGUGGAUUGUCAUACCUGAGCGACCUGUAUGGCUUGGCGUGUGACAAUGUCGUCAACUUUGAGGUCGUGCUCGCUGAUGGCUCCAUCGUCAACGCAAAUGCAGGAUCGAACUCGGAUCUCUGGUGGUCACUCAAAGGUGGCGCAAAUAACUUUGGCAUAGUGACAAGAUUCACUCUCACGACGUAUCCCAUUGGCAAUAUCUGGGGCGGCGUCAAGGCCUACACACUCGAUGCCCUGCCAGCCCUCUUCGACGCAAUGCUCGAGUAUCAAAGCGUGGCCGAGAAGGACCCCUACGCCAACCUCAUGCUCCAGGCAUUUCCGCUCAACGCCACCUUGGGAGUGGUGCUAAACAUGGUUUACAUGAAGCCAGAAGAGUCCCCAUCAGCAUUCGAGGCGUUCUACGACAUCGAGACAAUAGCCGACACGACACAGAUACAGUCACUGACCAGCUUCCUAGCGAGCCAGCAGGCUCCGUCGCUGCCGCGGCUCGACUGGUUCGCGACGAGCUUCAAGCCAGACGCAGGACUCUACAAGACAGUGGCAGAGACUCUGACGUCAGCACCAGAGCUGAGCGAGAUCCAGAACCUGACCGCCGGCAGCAUCGCCAUAGGCUGGCAGCCCAUCUCCACCAGCGCUAUCGAAGCGGGCAAUGCGCGCGGAGGCAACGCCCUGGGGCUGGACUGCGCCAACCAGACCUGGCUCGUCAUCGAUGUUGGUUGGUGGGACGAGGGGGACGACGACACGGCCAAUGGCGCCACGCUGAGCAUGAUCGACAAGAUCGAGGCGGCCUCGCAGGGCACGGGCAACUACGUCGAUUACAUCUUCAUGAACGAUGCGUCCGUGGAGCAGCCUGUCAUCGAGCACUAUGGACCCGAGAACCUGGCUAAGCUCAGGGAUGUUCAGCGGGUGCACGACCCGGACCUGGUCUUCCAGAAGUUGGUGCCUGGAGGGUUCAAGAUACCGGUAUAG